CUGUGAGGGGAGCGGCGGCGGCGGCGGUGGCGGCGGUGGCGGCGGCGGCGGCGGCGGCGGAGGCGCGAGAGGAGUCAGCGAGCGGGGGAGCGGCGCGAGAGGCAGCAUGACUCGGAGGCGGAGCAGGCCAAGCGGCGGCGCGGGCCGGCGGGAGCGGGCACGGACUGCGGGGCUGCAGAAGCCCCAGGCGCCCGAGCCGCAGCCGCCACCAAGCCUGGAAGCGGGAGCGGGUGCAGGGCCCCCGGAGGUGCCUGCGGAGCAGGAUCGCGACGGACCCCGAGAGGAGGACGAGCCCAAGCUGGCUUCAGGCCCUCAGGUAGGACCGAGCAAGACGACUCCGACUGCCCGUCUGCUUACACCUCCCCAGAGCGGGAGCGGGAGUGGGGCGGGAUUGGGCAUGGACCAUGCUGUGGGUCUGGGGCCAGAUCCCAAGUCCGAAGCAGAAGCUUUCAACCCCUCUGCCGGGAAUGGAGGCUGGACCCCUCUCCAAAGCCAAAGCUCAGCCAGCCCUCUUGCGACCCUUCUAAAGCUACCCGUUCAACCCCUACUCCGGAGCUAAAUGUUCUGACCAUUUAUGCUCUCUGAGAUUGGCUCAGAUCCUGAGACCACCGCUUAGUUCUCUCCCCUUCCACUUCCCUUUGAGUCCACCUGAUCCCUUGGCCCCAAUAAGAUCAUCAUCUCAGAGCGCCGGAACCUGCAAGGUUGCAGCCUCUGUGCGCCCCCCGCCCCCAGCAGCUUCAAUCCUUCCCCUGCACCGUCUGCCUCCACUACCCUCAACAGCUGUACCUCUGCAUCUGCCUUCUGGGAUCUCCCUCCUUUCCCUACCCAGCAGAACAGUUGGAAUAGAGAGUCAGGCGGCCCCAGAGACUUAGAACUCCACUAAAGAGAAAACCCUUGUUCUCUUACCUCCUGCCCCAUAAGGCGCCCCCACUCCCACCCCCACCCACUCCAGUCCACUAGUUUGGUGAAUCCUGUGAUAGUAAGAGUUUUCAGGAGGAUUCUCGAAAGCUUCCAGCUUGCCACCUGGAAGGUCACUUUCUUUUGAGCAAAAGAGAAAACAGGAGAGGCCGGGGUGGCGUGGGCCACAGAUGAUCAGGGAGGGUUGUAGCACCCGGGGCUGGGUGGCUUCCCCUAAGCUUGCUCUGACAAAAGAGUUUUGAGUUGGUUUUUUGGCUGAGCCUGCCGAGGAAGGCAGGCCCCUGCAGGAGUCUUGGAGGGUCGGAUGCAGCGCCCGGAUGAGGAUGAGGCGUGGCGGAAGAUGCGUUUGGCUCUGCAGACACUGCAUCGGGCAGCAGGGGACUCUGGGAGGCUGGUGCAGCCUGAAGGCAUGGCUCUUGACAGCCUUCUAGUAGAAUCUCUGGAAUUGUGCAUCAGGGACCCUGGGUGCAAGGGGCACAAAUUUGCACACAGUGGCCUGGCCUGUGAGGCCGAUGAGGGUCUGGGCGAGGAAGAGGAUAGCAGCUCUGAGCGCAGCUCCUGCACCUCGUCCUCCACCCACCCCCGCGAUGGGAAGUUCUGUGACUGCUGCUACUGUGAGUUCUUCGGCCACAAUGCGCCACUCGCUGCCCCGACGAGCCGGAAUUAUACUGAGAUCCGGGAGAAGCUCCGCUCCAGGCUGACCAGGCGGAAAGAGGAGCUGCCCGUGAAGGGGGGCACCCUGGGCGGGAUCCCUGGGGAGCCUGCGGUGGAUCACCGAGAUGUGGAUGAGCUGCUGGAAUUCAUCAACAGCACGGAGCCCAAAGUCCCCAACAGCGCCAGGGCUGCCAAGCGGGCCCGGCACAAGCUGAAAAAGAAGGAAAAAGAGAAGGCCCGGUUGGCAACAGAAGCUCUGAAGCAGGUGAAUCGUGUUUCUGGAAGCCAGGAGCCAAGGCCUGCCAGGGAGAGGCUCCUAGAGUGGCCUGACCAGGAGCUGGACCGAGUCAGUAGCUUCUUGAGCAGCCGCUUGCAGGAGAUCAAGAGCACCGUCAAAGACUCCCUCUGUGCUAGCUUGAACAUGUGUGAGCUCGGGAUGGACAGCAGUGGCUUUAAGGAGGGGACAAUGGAAGCUCAGACCCUAACCCCUUCAGACCUCAGUGGCUCCUCUCAGAAACAGCCUGACAUCAACCUUGACCUGUCCCCUUUGACCUUGGGUUCUCCUCAAAGCCACACAUUACAAGCUCCAAGUGAGCCGGUCCCACCAUGGGCAGAAAGGAGAGACCCUCACCCACCAUGGACAGAGGUGAGGGGCCCCCCUCCUGCUAUCCCUGAGAAUGGGCUUGUAAGAAGACUCAACACUGUGCCCAACCUGUCCAGGGUGAUCUGGGUCAAGACACCCAAGCCAGGCAAGCCAAGCUCUGAGGAAAGUCCAAAGGAAGUUCCCAUUUGCAAACAGGAACGGUCUGAGCCUGUGGCCACAGGUGGGAAGCCAAGGAAGAGCAAGAGGCAGGGAAGUCAAGCAAAGAAGACUGAGGCAAGUCCAGCCCCCUGGCCUCCAGCCAACCAAGAGGCCCCCAGUGCCAAGAGCCAGAUGUCUAGCCCCAAGCAGCCAGGCAAGGGCCCAGAGCCUGCCAAGGCAGGCAGUGCUGCAGAACCUGGAGAGGGGAGCCGGGGGAGCCGGCCAGGACCCAUUCAGGCUGCCAGUCCCAAAACUGACAAGAAGGGUAGUUCCUGGCAGAAUUGGCCAGGCGGGGCCAGGGCACGGACUCUGGAGCAGGAAUCUGAGCAGAUCCCCGGCCCAGCAAAGCCACAGAGCUUGUCCCAGGGCAAGGGCCGCAGCCGCCGGAGCCGAAACAAGCAGGAGAAGUCAGCCUCCUCCUUGGACGAUGUGUUCCUGCCCAAGGACUUGGAUGGGGUGGAGAUGGAUGAGACCGACCGAGAGGUGGAGUACUUCAAGAGGUUCUGUUUGGAUUCUGCAAAGCAAACUCGUCAAAAAGUUGCUGUGAACUGGACCAACUUCAGCCUCAAGAAAACCGCUCCUAGCACAGCUCAGUGAGCCCUACCCAGGUUGACUUCUGCCGGUCACCUCAAGCCUCAGCUCAGGCUGCAGAUGUAGUUCUCACGUGCCCUGCCACCUGUCUCGACCUCCCUGCUCCUACCACCCUGACCAACCAAAAGCUGAAUGGACGCCAUGCUGUGCUGGGGCCUUUGAGGAUCUCAGCAGAGCUGCUUCCUGGUGCUAUGCAGCCUCCACUCAAGAGCCCAGGGAAUGGGCUGGCCUGGGAGCCAAGGGCUGGUGGCACUGCUGGCCCAAAACUGCUCUCUUUGUGUUUGGUUUCUGUUUUGUUUUGUUUUUUUAAUUCUUUACUUUUGAUACUGUGAAUAUCUUUCAUGCAGAAAGAUAAAGCAACAUUUGGACACAGA